AGUUCGAUCUUGCUCUCUGUCGUGAUCUCCUUCUCUCCCCCUCAGUCUACUUCUGGUCCUCUAACUUCCAAGUCUCCCAUACACGUCUCCCAGAUUUCCACAACUCCGCCGAACCACUAAAGUACAAAUAAAUUAGAAAAAGUAAAGAAGAAAAAUGGCAAGGACGUGGGUGCUCCUGUUUGCUCUAGCCGCCUCUGCAUACGCAGACUCAGGCUACGAGCUCCCUACCCCAAGAACCAGCGGAUAUUCAUACGACGCCCCUGACCAAAGGGCAGACGCCCCUGACGCUCAAGACACAGCAGCAGUAGCGGCAGCAGACCCUUUGGCAACCUUAGCUCUCAACAUCCCUGGGGGCGGCGUCCCCGGGGAGAGUUACCCGAUUCUCUCGUCGGUACCUGACACCGGGUUCUCCUGCUCUGACCAGGAAUACCCAGGUUACUUCGCUGACACCGCCGACGAGGCCCGCUGCCAGGUCUUCCACGUCUGCCAGUUCGACGGCCGCCAGGACUCCUUCCUCUGCCCCAACGGCACCGUCUUCAGCCAGCAAUUCUUCGUCUGCGACUGGUGGUUCAACGUCGACUGCGCCUCUUCAGUCCAGUACCUGAGACUGAACGCGGAUAUAGGCGUCGCUCCUACGGCAGAGGUAGACAUCUCCGUCAGGAGUGACGAAAUGGCAGCUGAAAGUUCUGAGCAGUUAUAUUCCGCUCCAGAGGCGCGGGAGGCCUCCCCUACACCGCCUACUCAGCAGCCUUCGAACCAAUACCUCAUCCCGAACAGGUUCUAAACGAGAAACACGACAGGAAUAGGACGAGAACACACCAACGAACUUGUACGGUACUUCGUCUCAAUACGAACAGAUUCUACCUCCACCUAUACGUACUGCAUCUCAUCCUUGGCUUCAAAACCGAAUCGUAAUUCACUGUUUCAUUUUUCAUUAUACAUAAUUUUUUUGAAUCUCCUACUCUCAAAUCCUCCUUAUAGAUUACUGUAUACAAUUCGCCACUGUAAAUGAAAUUUAAAUUCCUUCUAUAUAAUUUUUAAAUCUUCAUUUACCAAAUCCUCCAUAUGGAAUACUACAUCCAAUUCACCAUUGUAGAUGAAGUUUACCAUAAAUAAUAAAUAAAAAUACUGUAACAGGAACACAU